CCCUUCCAAAAGAGAUUGGUUUUUAUCUGAUUGUGUUAUCUACCUGAAUAAGUAAAGGUUAAAUAAAAUUGGUUUAACCCAACCCCAAUUGGUUAAAAAAAAAGGCGGAGCAAUAUCAUUAAGAAUGGGGAAGAUCAUAUUCUUUGAGGACAGGAACUUCCAGGGUCAGUGCUAUGAGUGCAGCAGCGACUGCCCGGACCUGAGCUCCUUCUUCAGCCGCUGCGGCUCCAUCAGGGUGGAGGGCGGCUGCUGGGUGCUGUACGAACGGCCCAACUACGUGGGCUACCAGUACAUCCUGAGCCCAGGGGAGUACCCUGAUCAGCAGCAGUGGAUGAGCUUCAAUGACAACAUCAAGUCUUGUCGCUCCAUCAAAAAUGUUUAUGGAAAGUCCUGGAAGAUCAAGUUCUACGAUGAGCAGGACUUCGAAGGGCAAAGUGCAGAGUGGACCGAGGACUGCCCAUCGGUCUCAGAGGCGUUCAAGUUCAGCGACUUCCACUCCUGCGUGGUGACGGACGGCGCCUGGGCCCUGUACGAGCAGCCAAACUUCAAGGGGCAACAGUACUUCCUGGAUCGUGGCGAGUACCACAACUACACCGACUGGGGCGCGCCUUCCCCUGGGGUGGGCUCCUUCCGCAGGAUCACAGAGUUCUAGAAUCCACCAUGGAGGAAUUCCGUGAUGGAACGAAUGAAAACCAUCUCUUGGUUUUGAGAGCCUUAGAUCAUCAUCUCAAGUUUUAAAACCUCUCUCUCCUUCCACUCCUUUUCCAUUCCAAACUUUCUUCCAGAGUCCACUCUUAAGUGUGUAUGCACAUUGACAUUAAAAGCCUCCAAUCUGCAAAGA